AUGGAGGCCUUCAAUAGUCUGCUCAAAGAAAAGGGUGUAUCAUCUAAUGCCAGCUGGGAGCAGGCGCUGAAGUUGAUUGUUAACGACCCUCGUUACGGCGCGCUCAGACAGCUUAACGAGAGGAAACAGGCCUUUAACGAGUACAUGUACAAGACAAAGAGAGUGAAGGAGGAAAAGGAGAAGCAAAGACUGCGAGCAAAACAGGCCAAAGAGGAUAUAGAACAUUUCUGAUUUCACGCCGAAAAAAUGAACUCCAGUGUCAAGUAUUGG